UUGCAGCUUGGUGAAGCCGGUGCAUUGGUAUACAUAACAGGAAGGCAGGCACAUCUUUCGUUACAGUCGGAUCAGAGCGAUUUGCCAACACUCCAGAAAACAGCGGAUGAGAUCACAGAACGUGGCGGCAAAGGUUACAGUUUGUUUCUCAGUUUGUGGUGCUUGUGGCCUUUAAGCGUGCAGUACAACAAACUUUGA